GUUGUGCAGCUGGAGAACAGUCGUUAAACUCAGCCCGAACAGAGCGGAGCCAGCGAGCAUAUACCACCACGUUCCAGACCUAAAUCAAGCAAGGAACACACACUCAAAAGCAACAUGGGAGACUACACCUGGAUUAGCUCGAACGUCUACGAAGGCCUGCCACCUGGCGCCAUCCUAGCUGGCCACGAUUCCGACCAGGAUCCCAUCUAUGUGGGCCGCGCCUACCACAACGGCGAGAUGCUGCCGGCCAAGAUUGUGCCCGGCAAGCAGCAGGCCUACGUGCCCUGGGGCGGCGAGGAGAUCAACAAGCACGACUUCGAGGUGCUCGUCGGCGACCACUACUCCUGGAUCCCGGCCAGCGGCGGCUUCGUCCCGCCCCACGCCAUCCGCGUGGGCCAGACCGGCGAGGGUGAGCCCCUGUACGUGGGUCGCGGCUACUUCCAGGGCAGCCUCACGCCCGGCAAGGUGCACCCCUCGCACCAGUGCCUGUACAUCCCCUACGGCGGAAGGGAGGAACGCCUGGAGGCCUACGAAGUCCUUGUCCAGCCGGAGGUUUGGGUGGCCUCCUCCGGACGCGGCAUUGUGCCCGGCACAGUCAUUGGCGGUCACGACUCUGACGGUGAUCAGAUCUACGUGGGUCGCGCCUACCACGAAGGCGACUUGCUGCCAGCCAAGGUGAUUCCCAACAAGGGCUGUGCCUAUGUGCCCUACGGAGGCGGUGAGGUGGUCAAGCACGACUACGAGCUGCUGGCCGGCUACGGAUACGGCUGGGUGCACGACAGCCACGGCAAUGUGCCCGGCAACGCCGUGCUCUGCGGCCGCACUUCCGACGGAGAGCCCCUGUUCAUCGGCCGCGCCCACCACCACGGCAGCCUGACCCCCGGAAAGAUCCACCAGUCGCACCACUGCCUCUACAUCCCCUUCGGCGGCGAGGAGGUCCGUCUAGACCACUACGAGGUCCUGGUCAAGGGCUAAGCUGCCCCCGCGCCCGCUUCGUCUGCCCACUAAUUUAUAGCUCAUCUUGUUUCAUUAAAUAUUUCUUCCACUGAA